AUGGUAAUAAAUAAUAAUAAAUUAUUGGCUUAUUGGCCGAUCACGUUGUUUUGGAGAGCGUUCGGUGUAUUCCCCGCAAACAUGCUGGACAACAACCGGAACAGUAACACGUUACUGCCGAUACUUUUCACCGUGCUGCUGUCAGCGUCGUGCGUUUACGUGUUGUUCGUCGGGCCGGCGGUCGUCUGCCGGAUCGGCGAUAAGUGCAGCAGCGAGUCGAUCAGGAUUCUGAAGGAAAUAUACCCAAACAUAGCGAACGUGACGUCGGUACUGUCGAGGAUCGUUCUGUCGUACUCGGUGACGAUGGGAUUCGAAAAGUACAGGGAGACUAUGGAGUGCUACGAGACGUAUUCGCCAACGACAGCGACUGAUGCCGGUCGAUACCGCGUGUUCACGGCCACAGCCGUGUGCGCGUGCUUACUGCUGGUCGUGCCAGUCAAUGUGCUGCGAUUGUGGAUGCUGUGGACGUCAGAUGGCGACGAUCCUGCGUUAAUGCAGGGGAUCGUCUUUUAUGUGUUCAUCUACAUCCAAAACGUGACCAUGUGUUGUUCGGAGACGCAAUUCGUACAGCAGUGUUUCAUGUUGUACUGCAAGUUGAAGACCGUCAACGACGACGUCGCUGUGCUAGGUAGUUCCGCGGGGUUAGCGAGUUUUUCGAGACACGCACGACACGCGAACGCUGCCGCAACACCCGAUGCACCCGACAUUGCAGUAGCUGUGAAGGAUACGUCGGACAGCGUCAUGGCGACGGCCGAUGCCGUCGAAACACUGCGGAUCAGACACUGGCUGCUACGCGAAUCCAUCAGCUGUUUGAACCGCCUGUUCGGCGUGCAGCUGGGCAUGUCGGUGUGCGCCCUAUGCGUGAUGUCAUUUUUCGACAUCUAUUACGAGACGUUUCAUGUGAUGGGCAAAUACGCCAUGUCUGGCCUCAUCAUGUACUGCUGGAUGCUGCACUACGCAGUGCGGUACAUGGGCAUAAUCCUGAUGUGUCAUUACACCACGAAGCAGGCAAUUUACACUAAGACACUUAUAGCAAACUUAAAAAGUAAUUACUUGGAUUGUAGUAUAAAUCAAGAGUUACAUUUGUUUUUGGAUCAGCUUUCUCAUAGUUCUGUCGAAUUCACAGCAUGCGAUGUAUUUACACUAAAUAUACGUCUCAUUAUUUCAACUUUUGCUGCGGGUUUAACUUAUCUUGUCAUUUUGAUACAAUACCAGACAAAUAUGAAAAGCUCCACGUAUACAGAUUAAAACUAUAUCAACUUGGUACCUUUAACUAAUAACUAUAGACUAUGUAAAAUAAUACAUUAUUUUAUAAUUUUGUAAAUUAAAUU